AUGGACGAGAUCGACCUUACAUCUCUCCUUACUCCCAGAGUGCCGAAGCAAAAGCCUAUUAUACAAGAAGCUCUCCUUCUCAUCGAUUCAAUGAAGCUCGCCCCAUCCUGCAGCCGGCUGGCGGUAUCAGAGCUCGUCUCUUCUUGUCAGUCAAUCGGGGGUCGGUCCGAGAAACAGGACACAGAUAUGUACCUGGACCUAGAGCUCGUGCGCUCGCUUUAUGCAGCCCGUCUUGCCAUUUGUGAGCUUCGAGAAGCUAAGGCAGCAGCGCCAGACACGUGUUCCUCAUUGGUGAUUGUGCCGCCGCAGAAAAGAGGCAGGUUCGGAUUUAUUUUCGGGGAUAGAAUCCGCUUCAGUGCUCCGGAGCUCAUUCAGAAGCCGCAGUUGGAGUCUUGCCUUCAGUCGCUGGAGACCCGGCCGCAGUGGUGGACUUCCUACAGCAACAGUCGGCAGAAUGCUGUGGUUAUAUGCCAGGCGGCCAGGGAUGAGACUGAGAAGGCGGAGCUUUUGGAGCUUUAUCGAUCUAUACUAAAUAGCUCUGCCGAGCUGGAGCAUGGUCUCCACGAGGCCGUGGAGGUCGCUGCAGCUGACCUUGUCCGUCAAAAAGAAUUCAUGCAAGCGGUCGGUAUCAUGAGAAGCAGGAUGAGACAGCAACUGGAAGAAACCGAUAUGCGCUUGAGAUCGACGAUGGACCGGAUUUUGCACGGCCUGUACGCGUAUGCCGUCGACUCAUUCAAGGAGUCCCUAGGGCCUGCGAUCGACACACUGCAGCAAAAGACAGACACCCUCGAAUUCAAACUCCAGACUGUUGCUACCGAAGCUGAUAAGCUUGCUCACACACUACACGCUCUACACCAAGAGUCUGCCAAGAGGGACCAGGAAUUGGCGGAUGCGCAGCAGAGAGAGCUAGAGACCACCAGGGAGACGGCCUUGGCUCACCACGAAAGCGUAGGAGCACUCUGCCAGGAUAAUCUGGCAAGACUCUUGCAAUUUGAUGCUUCUCUGGUGAGUAUUUAUUACCAAAUCCUUUCAGUGAGCUAA